UUUCUUUUUCUUUUUCUUUUUUUUUUUUUUAAUUCACUUUCUUUCUUUCUCUCUAUCCUCCAUCCAAUCAUUGCACACCAUCUACAUUUUUUUCCCUCUUCUUCCUUUUCUCAUUCCCAUUUAUCUUCCAUUGAUUGCUUUCCCCUCAUUCCCCUUCUGCGCCCUUUUUUCUUUUGGCUCCGAUUCUCGAUAAUUUUAUUUUCUCAUUUGGAUCUUUCCAAAAAUCUCUUGGAUUUUUCCUUGGGGUUCACCUUUUUCUCUUCCCUUUCAUUCCCCCCCCCCUCUUUUGAGGUGUCUCCAAAUCCCAAUAUUUUCGGAGUCGACUCCCGUCACCUCUCGAUAAACUUUCGCCCUUCCUCCUGUCUCCCCUCCCCUCCCAUCUCCGUCUUAUGUCCCUGAUCCUACGCGCUUCCUAAAUCCGAUAUUCCUUUUUUUGAAUUGCCAUCAUCUUUUCCCUUACCUCUUAUCACCUUGAAUAUUUCUCACAUUCGGGGUGGCAACUCUUAGACGCAUCGGGGAUCGAACAGAAAUUUCUUCACGACCUGCAUAUGUACUUAUGUCCGUUUUUAACUGAGACGUCCUAGGGCACAAUGGCUGGCGCGGACGAAACGCUCGCGGCCGCUGCUGCCAUUUUGAGAGGUCUUGCGAAAGAAACUCCUUCCUCCAGCGCUCCUCCCUUCGACUUCGAAUUCUCCCAUCCUCCCGCCAAUGGCUACGACACAAAACUCGCAAAAUUACCCGGGGAAACGAGUUCAGCAAAGGCGGCUUUUGAACAGGAGUUGGAAGCUUUGGUCCGACGAGUCCGUCACCUGGAAUUCCAAAAUCAUCAAAAGACAACACAACAACAACAACACCCCCAUGGAUCCAGACGAUCGGCCAUCGAACCGGAAGACCACGAAGUGGAGGAAGACAUCGACGAUGAGGAGAGUGAUGAAGAUGAGGAACUGAAUUCAAGGACACGUUUGGUACGCGAGGAGGACAUCAGCUACCUACGGAAUCAUGUCCAAAAACAAGCGGAGGAAAUAAGUUUCCAGAAGGAUAUCAUUGCUCAGGUCCGUGACGAAUUACAACAACAGGAGGAGCAAACACGACGGGCUUUGACCAAGGUCGAAAACGAAGAUGUGGUCUUGCUGGAGCGGGAGCUACGCAAGCACCAGCAGGCCAACGAAGCGUUCCAAAAGGCACUACGGGAAAUCGGCGGCAUCAUUACCCAGGUCGCAAACGGUGAUCUGUCCAUGAAGGUGCAGAUCCACCCGUUGGAGAUGGACCCCGAAAUCGCCACUUUCAAGCGUACGAUCAACACCAUGAUGGACCAACUACAAGUCUUCGGUAGCGAGGUGUCGCGAGUCGCACGAGAGGUCGGAACAGAGGGCAUACUCGGUGGUCAGGCUCAGAUCACUGGGGUGCAUGGUAUCUGGAAGGAGUUGACGGAGAACGUCAACAUAAUGGCCAAGAAUCUCACCGAUCAGGUCCGUGAAAUCGCUGCAGUCACGACAGCGGUCGCCCACGGUGACCUGAGCCAGAAGAUUGAAAGUCGGGCCCAGGGUGAAAUCUUGGAACUGCAACAGACUAUCAACACCAUGGUUGACCAACUAAGAACAUUUGCAACGGAAGUCACCCGCGUCGCGCGUGAUGUCGGUACGGAAGGUGUGCUUGGUGGACAGGCCCAAAUUGAGGGGGUGCAAGGCAUGUGGAACGAACUCACGGUGAAUGUCAACGCCAUGGCGAACAAUCUUACGACGCAAGUGCGUGAUAUCGCCACGGUUACCAAGGCUGUGGCGAAGGGUGACUUGACGCAGAAGGUUCAGGCGAACUGCAAGGGAGAGAUCGCAGAGUUGAAGAAUAUCAUCAAUUCAAUGGUUGACCAACUACGGCAGUUUGCACAAGAAGUCACCAAGAUCGCCAAGGAGGUCGGUACGGAUGGUGUCCUUGGUGGUCAAGCCACCGUCAACGAUGUGGAGGGCACAUGGAAGGAUCUGACCGAAAACGUCAACCGCAUGGCCAACAAUUUGACCACCCAGGUCAGGGAGAUCGCCGACGUGACCACCGCCGUCGCCAAGGGUGAUUUGACAAAGAAGGUGACGGCUAAUGUUCAAGGUGAAAUACUGGACUUGAAGAGCACGAUCAACGGCAUGGUGGACCGGCUAAAUACCUUUGCCUUUGAAGUCAGCAAGGUCGCGCGUGAAGUCGGCACGGAUGGUACACUGGGUGGUCAAGCCAAGGUUGAUAAUGUGGAAGGAAAAUGGAAGGAUCUAACCGACAAUGUGAACACCAUGGCCCAGAAUCUGACGUCCCAGGUGCGGAGUAUAUCAGACGUUACGCAAGCAAUUGCAAAGGGUGACCUUAGCAAGAAGAUCGAGGUCCAUGCACAAGGAGAGAUACUCACCCUGAAGGUCACCAUCAACCACAUGGUUGACCGACUGGCCAAAUUCGCGACUGAACUGAAGAAGGUGGCGCGCGAUGUCGGGGUGGAUGGCAAGAUGGGUGGUCAGGCUAACGUCGAAGGGAUCGCUGGAACAUGGAAGGAAAUCACGGAGGACGUGAAUACGAUGGCCGAGAACCUGACGUCUCAGGUGCGCGCAUUCGGUGAGAUUACGGAUGCCGCCACGGACGGUGAUUUCACCAAGCUCAUCACGGUCAACGCAUCCGGCGAAAUGGAUGAGUUGAAGCGGAAGAUCAACAAGAUGGUUUCCAACCUCCGAGACAGUAUCCAACGUAACACGGCCGCCAGGGAAGCUGCAGAAUUGGCGAACCGCACCAAAUCCGAGUUCCUCGCAAACAUGAGUCACGAGAUCCGGACGCCCAUGAACGGUAUCAUUGGUAUGACGCAGUUGACCUUGGACACGGAUGAUCUCAAGCCCUAUACCCGAGAGAUGUUGAAUGUCGUGCACAACCUGGCCAACAGCUUGCUCACCAUCAUUGAUGACAUACUCGAUAUCUCCAAGAUCGAAGCGAACCGUAUGGUGAUUGAGAGCAUCCCGUUCACCGUGAGGGGAACCGUCUUCAACGCCCUGAAGACGUUAGCCGUCAAGGCCAACGAGAAGUUCCUGAGUUUGACGUACCAGGUGGACAACACCGUUCCUGACUAUGUCAUCGGUGAUCCCUUCCGUCUGCGGCAGAUUAUCCUUAACCUUGUCGGCAAUGCCAUCAAGUUCACCGAGCAUGGCGAAGUCAAACUUACUAUCUGCAAAUCCGACCGAGAGCAGUGCGCAGCAGACGAAUAUGCGUUUGAAUUCUCCGUCUCCGAUACAGGUAUUGGUAUUGAGGAAGACAAGCUAGAUCUCAUCUUCGACACCUUCCAGCAGGCGGACGGAUCGACUACGCGGAGGUUUGGUGGAACUGGUCUUGGUCUGUCCAUUUCCAAGCGCCUCGUGAACCUGAUGGGUGGUGAUGUCUGGGUCACUUCGGAAUACGGCCAUGGCAGUACCUUCCACUUCACUUGCGUUGUUAAACUGGCGGACCAGUCUUUGAGCGUCAUCGCCUCGCAGCUGUUGCCGUACAAGAACCACCGUGUCCUCUUCAUCGACAAGGGCGAGAAUGGUGGCCAGGCCGAGAAUGUGAUGAAGAUGCUCAAGCAAAUCGACCUGGAACCGUUAGUGGUGCGGAACGAGGAUCAUGUCCCGCCGCCUGAGAUUCAGGACCCGUCGGGCAAGGAGUCCGGCCAUGCCUAUGAUGUGAUAAUCGUGGACUCGGUGGCCACUGCUCGGCUGCUGCGGACGUUCGAUGACUUCAAGUACGUUCCUAUUGUCUUGGUGUGCCCGCUGGUCUGCGUCAGCUUGAAGUCUGCCCUUGACCUCGGUAUCAGCUCCUAUAUGACCACGCCAUGCCAGCCAAUUGAUCUCGGUAAUGGUAUGCUGCCUGCUCUUGAGGGACGGUCUACACCCAUCACCACGGACCACUCCCGGUCGUUCGACAUCCUUCUGGCGGAGGAUAACGACGUCAAUCAGAAGUUGGCUGUGAAGAUACUUGAGAAACACAACCACAACGUUUCCGUCGUCAGUAACGGUCUCGAAGCCGUAGAAGCCGUCAAGCAACGGCGCUACGAUGUCAUUCUGAUGGAUGUUCAGAUGCCAGUCAUGGGUGGUUUCGAAGCCACAGGCAAGAUCCGCGAGUAUGAGAGGGAAAGUGGUCUCAGCCGGACACCGAUCAUCGCGCUAACUGCACACGCCAUGCUGGGCGAUCGAGAGAAGUGUAUUCAAGCCCAGAUGGAUGAGUACUUGUCGAAACCCCUGAAGCAGAACCAGAUGAUGCAGACCAUUCUCAAAUGUGCUACAUUAGGUGGUUCUCUUUUGGAGAAGAGCAAGGAGUCGCGAAUCUCAAGUAGUGGUGAAAUGCACCCGGUCCAUCACAGUGGGCCUGAUGGCAAGAGUCAACAGCGUCCGGGGUUGGAACCUCGAUCCGUCACCGCAACCAGCACUAUUAACCGUGGUGGUGGCCUUGCAAGCCCAAACGUUGACCGAGCGGAUGAGCUUGCCGUCGAAAGGGCACUGCUGCGGUCCAACAGCUCGUGAGACGCUCUCAAGAUAUCCUUUCGCUUGUUUUCCUUUCAUCUUUCCGAAUGGCUUCGAUGCAAACCUUAUACCCUAUCUCUUUAUGCGCCUGUAAGAAAUGUUCUUUGGCCUGGCGACCUCUUCUUGGUACCCCAUCUCGUUUUAUCUCUCUCUCUCUCUCUCUCUGUUUCCCUGUCAGGGAAACACACAUCUUAUGUCCCACCGCAUACGCCUUCCGCUUUCGCUUCGUUUUCC